AUGUUGCACAUUACACAUUUAUCAAGCCGCCGCUUCUUCCGUCCCCCCUGGGCUUGGAAUCUCUUCCUUCCAAAGAACCCCCCAAAAUACAAUCCCCAACGAUUAGAGAUGGAGAGACCAACAAACUGGCGAGACAUCCGUUCGGCUGCGUUGGACUGCAAGCAGCUAUUUGAGGCAUGUCUAGAACAGAUCGCCGAACCAAGGACAGCCAGCCUCCUGGGCAAGUUCGCUCGCAUUUCCUGCUGGCGUGCAACAGACCAAAUGCAUCGGGUUUACGCGUGGUUAUAUGGGAUGGAUGUUGAGGCGGAGGAAGGUCUGUCUCUUGAUCACUGCUUGUCCAACAACAAGGGCGUCCGAGAUGAAGUCAUAAAUCGUCUUCGCGAGCUCUUUCACAGUCUGCAAUAUGUUAUACAAAUAGCUCGAAUCAAAGAUGACGAAAAUCGAGAUGUGAGGGGAAACUAUAAUCCCGACAAUCUCGCGACCGACCUUCUAAACGCACAGCGAUCCCUCGAGAAAAAUAUUGCCGAGCUAUACAAACUGGGAGAAACCAUUCAAAAGCCGCCCUCAAUUACCGGUUUGCUCGACACAGUGAGAGCCUUAGUCGCAAAGCAACAACUCAACUUCGGGAUGGGAGGGAUACCACACGGGAUACUCCAGCACCUCUACCCAACGACGCCGUUCAACCUUCGACGACUUCUAGCGAAAUCCAUCCAACAACGCUACUUCGAUAUAAAGGGCCGAGGAGAGCGUCAACGAGCAACUCGCCGCUUACUUGCUUCAAAAAACGGCCAGAUGGAAAUUCGCGACGACGGCCCGGAACUGCGGGAAUCGAUUACUCGAAAAGACCAGGACGAUGAUACGUCCACCAGUACUGCCGAUGGCUUCACAGCGCAAACAUCGGGAACGAACCCGCCAACUCUCCAGGUAGAUGAAUUUCGUCGCAGGCUAGGAGCUGAGUGGCAACAUGUGGCCCUUUCCACUACUUCUUCAGUGGCAGUAGGCGAUAUCAGCUACCCGCAACCGCCACGGCUUUUAGGGAACGGAGAAUCCAGCCAGGCAACCUGUCAUUGUUGCUAUGAGUCUUACCCUCACAGCGAAUUCCAGGACGCGGCAUGGUGGAGGCGCCACGUCGACCACGACCUACGACCGUAUGUAUGCCUCAUGCGUAAAUGUACGGCAGACCAUAAGUCAUUCGGCGAAUUUAAAUUAUGGUUUGAACACAUGGAAGACUAUCAUUCGUCGAGUUGGAUUGCAAUACUUAACGGCGAGCUCAAGUCGCUAUGCGAUAUUGACACCAUCCAGAAUUAUUCGAGAUGCCUGAAAUCGUCCAACACGCUUGCCGAGAAAGAGUUUGCGUACUUGGAUCCGACGACGUUUGCCCUCUUUGCCGAGUUCACUCUAGCAACCUUUUCCAGGUCGUUGGCCAGCCAAGUUAUUUGCGACAUUCUUGGCAAACACAAGGGAAAAGAAAUCUAG